AGCCUGUUCUUCUCCCCUGACCCCCACCAAUCUAAAAACUCAGAGGACCUUGGGUAUAAGAGGUUGGGGAGGCGAGCAUAGCAACCAGAGCUGGAGACGGAUGUGAGCUUCAUCUUACUCCCCAGCUCAACAUCAACACAAUGGCCAACAUGUCCAGGGUGUUUAAGAAGACCUGCUCCAACGGCAAGCUCUCCAUCUACCUGGGGAAACGGGACUUCGUGGACCAUGUGGACAUGGUGGAACCCAUUGAUGGUGUAGUCCUGGUUGACCCUGAGUAUUUAAAAGGUCGAAAGAUGUUUGUCAUGUUGACAUGUGCCUUUCGCUAUGGCCAUGAUGACUUGGAUGUGAUUGGCCUGACAUUCCGCAAAGAUCUGUAUGUACAGGUCCAGCAAGUGGUCCCAGCUGAGCCCACCAGCCCUCAGGUGCCCCUCACGGUCUUGCAGGAGCGACUGCUGCACAAGCUGGGGGACAAUGCUUACCCCUUUAACCUGCAGAUGGUUGUCAACCUGCCCUGUUCAGUGACACUGCAGCCAGGUCCUGAUGAUACAGGAAAGGCCUGUGGCAUUGACUUUGAAGUGAAGAGUUUCUGUGCUGAAAACCUGGAGGAGAAAGUCUCCAAGAAAGACUCCGUGCGGCUGGUGAUUCGGAAAAUACAGUUUGCACCUGUGGAGCCAGGCCCUGGCCCCUGGGCCCAGACCGUUCGCCGUUUCCUUCUGUCAGCUCAGCCCCUACAACUCCAGGCCUGGAUGGACAGGGAGGUUCACUACCAUGGCAAACCAAUCUCUGUCAAUGUUUCCAUCAACAACUCCACCAACAAGGUCAUCAAAAAAAUCAAGAUCUCUGUUGACCAGAUCACAGAUGUUGUCCUGUAUUCACUAGACAAGUACACCAAGACUGUGUUCAUUCAGGAGUUCACGGAGACUAUAGCUGCUAACUCCACCUUCUCCAAGAGCUUUGAAGUAACCCCACUCCUGGCUGACAACUGCGAGAAACAGGGCCUGGCGCUGGAUGGCAAACUCAAGCAUGGUGACACCAACCUGGCCUCUAGCACAAUUCUUCGGCCAGGAAUGGAUAAGGAGCUGCUGGGGAUCCUGGUGUCCUACAAAGUCAGAGUCAACCUGAUGGUGUCCUGUGGCGGCAUCCUAGGCGACCUGACAGCCAGUGAUGUCGGCGUGGAGCUGCCCCUGAUCCUAAUGCACCCAAAGCCAUCAAAUGAGGCUGCUAGCUCUGAGGACAUAGUCAUCGAGGAGUUUGCUCGGCAGGAGCCCGGUGGUGAAGAGAGCCAGGAGGCUUUGGCGGCUGAGGGGGAUGAAGGCAGCUGAGCACCUAGCUCUGUGCCUCUGUGUGGGAGCCCCACUGUAACAUUCUAAUAAAUCAGCUUGUCCAGA